UGCUGCUGCUGCGGUAGAAGAAUUAUCUUGGUUUGGCUGGCCUUGGUGCUGGAGCUGGAGAAGGAUGCAGCUCCCCCUAGGAAACGGGCUCCCUUCCCUUUGGGAAGCGGCUUCCCUGCAGACCCUCCUCCUCUUCUCUGCUGUUCUCCUGAUCCUGGCAAGUUAUGUGCAGAGGAGGAGGCAGCGCCCUAACUUUCCCCCGGGCCCUUUUCGGCUGCCCAUACUUGGCAGCAUCUUUCAAAUAGACACGAAAAAUGGCCAUAUCAUCAUCCAAGAGUUUGUCAGGAAAUAUGGAAACAUUUUCUCCAUGGAAAUACUCAGUACUCCCAUGAUGACUGUAACUGGAUUGCCACUAAUAAAGGAAGUCCUAGUCAACCAAGGCCAGGUGUUUAUUGAUCGCCCCCAUUUUCCUUUGCUGUCUUACGCCUUCAAAUCAGCUGGCUUACUCAUGUCUAAUGGUCAAGAGUGGAAAGAUCAAAGAAGAUUUACCUUAAUGACCCUAAGGAAUUUUGGCUUGGGAAAGAAGACCCUUGAACUUAGGAUCCAGGAAGAGGCUACAUACCUCGUUGAGGCAAUCAGAGAAGAAAAAGGACAGCCCUUUGACCCCCACUUUCAGAUCAACAACGCUGUUUCCAAUAUCAUCUGUUCUGUCACUUUUGGGAAUCGUUUUGAAUAUCAUGAUUCUCAGUUUCGGGAGCUACUGAAAAGCUUGGAUCAAGCCUCGGUGCUUCAAGCCAGUUGGGCAUGUCAGUUCUUCAAUAUAUGUCCUUGGAUAAUGAAAUUCUUGCCAGGAGCUCACAAAAAGCUCCGUAGAGAAUGGAAGAAACUAGAGUCCUUUGUAGCCCAUGUGAUCAAACAACACAAGGAAGAUCAGAAUUCAGAGGAAGCCCAGGACUUCAUUGAUGCUUACCUGAAGGAGCUGUCCAAGGUAAUGGAGAGAGCACAGAAACAUGCAGGUAACAUCAGCUCUAGAUUUAAUGAAGCCAAUUUAGUUGCAUGCACCCUCGACCUCUUCUUUGCUGGAACAGAGACAACUUCAACCACUCUGCGGUGGGCUCUGCUGUAUAUGGCUCUUUAUCCAGAGAUCCAAGGUAAAAUACAAGCUGAGAUCGACAGGGUGAUUGGCCAAUCCCGACAGCCCACCAUGGCUGAUAGAGAAAAUAUGCCCUACACUAAUGCAGCCGUCCAUGAAGUCCAGAGAAUGGGAAAUAUCAUUCCUGUCAAUGCACCCAGAGUGGCCACAGUUGAUACGACAGUGGCAGGAUACCAUGUGCCAAAGGGAACCAUGAUGCUGACCAAUCUGACCGCCUUGCACAGGGACCCCAAGGAGUGGGCCACCCCAGAAACCUUCAACCCAGAACAUUUUCUGGAGAAUGGUCAAUUUAAGAAAAGAGAAUCCUUUCUGCCUUUCUCAGCAGGGAAGAGGGUCUGCCUGGGGGAACAGCUGGCUCGGACUGAGCUCUUCAUUUUCUUCACUUGCCUGCUUCAGAGAUUCACAUUCCAGGCUCCCGCAGACACCCAGCUGAGUCCGGACUUCCGAACUGGCCUGACCCUCUCUCCUGUUCCCUACAAAAUCUGUGCCCUUCCUCGAGAGACCCAGCCCAAGCUUGGCCUGUAGGGGAGCCUACCUGGGGGGAUAGGGAAGGGUCUGGAACAAUUCUCAUCCUCCAUAGUCACACACACUGCCCUUUAGUGCUUGGGUAGGGAAAGGGAGAAAAGUUGAGAAAAGAAGAGGAAGAGACAAAAGGAGGGCAGCUGGGACCAAAUGUGAGCCUUC